AUGAAGAAGAGUUUUGGCGGAGAAGGUUCUGAAUCAAAGCUCGCAGAAUGGGCUGCCCGUUUUGAAAAUUUCCGAAGAGAUAGAGGAUCGCGUUCUUCCGAAGAAGGAAGUAAUUCUGAUGAAGGCGCAAAACCUGUAAAAGAAGCAACACUUCUCUCGCUCAUGGCAGCUUUUGGAGCAAAGAAAGACGACGAGAAAGAAACUAAGGAAAGUCCCGACGAACGUAUUCAGCGGUUGCAAGAAGAAAUGUUGAGAACACAGGUGCGUUCAGUUCAUCUUUCACAGGAAACGUUGCGCCAUUACAUUCCGGUGGACAUUGGAUUGGCCCCAAAUAUAAGUUUGUAG